AAAUAUCAAAAUCAUUUAUUUUAUGUGUAAGUAUUUUGAAAUGUGGGUAACAAAGUGUGCGUUAGUGUUUUUAGCGUGCGCAGUCGUCGUAUUUGGGCGUCGUUCCCCAAAUGCCGCUGAUAUCGAGGAGUAUUAUUUAAGAGGACCCGAAGCCGGCAGAUAUUCUAAUGAUUUGAUUGAAGAUGCUCUUUUGGAUGUGCCUGAUCUUGUUAGGAAGUAUGGGUACAGCCUGGAAGUGCAUAAUGUACGAACUGAAGACGGGUAUCUUCUGGAGUUACACAGGAUCCCACAAGGGCGGGACCAAAACAAUUUCCCAGAUCAUACUAGACCUGCAGUGCUGGUACAACACGGUCUUACCUCGUCCUCAGCCGAUUUUGUUUUGAUGGGGCCUGGAAUAGGUUUAGGCUACAUUCUCGCAGAAGCAGGAUUCGAUGUAUGGCUCGGUAAUGCACGCGGGAAUUACUACUCAAGAAAGCACUCCACUCUAGAUCCCGACGCCAGAGAGGAUCGGGGGGAGUUUUGGCGCUUCAGUUGGGAAGAAAUUGGUUCCAAGGACCUCCCCGCUAUGAUAGACCACAUUUUAGCAGUAACUGGCAAACCUCGUCUCCACUACAUUGGACACUCUCAAGGAACUACAGUCUUCUUCGUGAUGGGUGCCCUUCGCCCUGAAUACAACGAGAAAAUAAUUUCAAUGCAUGCUCUAGCUCCAGUAGCCUAUAUGGAGCAUAACAUAAACAGAUUGUUUUUGGCACUUGCACCGUACGCGAAUAGCCUUGAGCUUCUAGGCAGACUAAUUGGUGUCUACGAGGUAUUGCCAAACAGUCCUUUUUUUACUGAAAUGGGACAAAACUACUGUGCCGACGGCACUACUACUCAAAUCCUGUGCUCGAACUUCAUGUUUUUGUUUGCUGGUGGCGGGGCGGAGUUCCACAAUGCUACGAUGCUGCCCGUCAAGCUUGGACACACCCCUGCUGGUAUUUCGCUUCGACAAAUCGCGCAUUACGGCCAACAUAUCAGCAAAGACUUCUUCAGGCGUUACGAUCAUGGGCUUUUGACGAAUUUCAGACUAUAUGGAAGCUUUACACCUCCAAGUUUUGAUCUUUCUAAAGUUACUUCGCCUGUCUUUUUGCACUACGCUGAAGUCGACACAUUUGCGCAUCCAGACGAUGUUGAAAGAUUGUGGAGAGAAUUGGGACGACCAAUGGGUAAAAUACGGGUGGCUCAUCGCGCUUUCGGCCACGUCGACUUCAUGUGGGGCACUGAAGCAAAGACCUUGGUUUAUGAUCGAGUUAUUGAUAUAAUGAAAUCGUUUGGAAACUUAUAAUAAAAAUACCUACUGACCCAAUAUUUGACUUGACUGAGAAAUAUCCUGAUAUACUUAGCGAGAAAUAUCCUUAUAAUAAUAAUAAUAUAAUAUAUAAUAAUAAUAAAUAUUAUAAAGCUGAA